GCCGGAAGUGGUGUUUUGAAUUUGUAGUUCGCCGACACCUACAUAACCGAUUCCAGUAGGUACAGUGCGGGGCGUUUUAUAUAUAACUUGGAUGAUUUACAUUUUUUUGUGUCAUGUCACAAAUGACUACCAGUUAAUUGAGGAGUAUACAUUUUAUCGUGGUGAGCAGGAGCCAUUUGAAAUUUGUUAUUGUACAGUAUUUCGUUUUUGUUGUAGUUUAACUUAUCAGCUAUAGGUUUACGGGCGUAUUUUUUUAAACCAGUUUAUUUUAGCGAAACGAAGACCUGUCAUUUUGGUUUAAUGCUUCAGUCAGUCAGUUUUAUUGCUGAUCUGCGUAAGAUAGUAUUGCCGAUCAAAUGAUGCAAACACCAAAGGAGGUGAGAAGUGUCGCUUUGGUGGACAUGUUUUAAUGCUGUUUCGUUAAUGGAUGACGUAAGGAUGAACAAAGGGGCAGCAGCCGGAAAAGAUGGGGAGCAUAGUGGAGCAUCUCACAAGUUUGUGGCAAGUGAAGUCUCAAGUGCGGAGAUGCAAAGUCAUCCAGAUACUGACACUUCUCCUGAAGCCAGUGGAUUGUUGUCAUUGCCGUGGGAGAUGGUAACCCACAUUGCCUCACAUCUUCCUGCUCAGUGUGUCAUCUCUGUGCUGCCAAAGGUCUGUCAUGCUUUGCGCAAUGUCGGGAAGGACAACACUGCCUGGCAGCUGCGGGCACGCAGACUCAUCGGGCCAAAAGCUAGCUUUCCAGUGGGGCCAAGGGAAGACUUUGACUGGCCUUUUGCUUGCUUGGAAAUUGAGAAACUGAUUACCUGCUGGACCAACGUAGCACAGGUUGGGACCAAGGAGCACCAAGAUGAUGCGGACUCGGAAGGGGUGGAGCAGCAACGAAGGGACUUGCCAAAUGGGGAACUGGUAGCAGCAGACAAUAACGCGGGUGCUAUGGAGCAAGAGCAAGUGGAACUACAGGGAGGAGCAUAUGCUGUUGAGGAAGGGGUUGUAUUUGAAGAAAUGGGUGGUGAACCUCACCCUGUGGUCGAUGAGGACCAGCUGGUUCAUUUGAGGGGAGUCCUGGAAGAGAGAUUGGAAGAUAAUCCAGAACAAAUGAUGCAGGAAGAUGGGCACCACCCAGUUGUAUUUGAGGGCCAAGACCAUGAUCCCGAUCAUCAACAGGAUUUGGCUCACCUCGGCUUGCGGGGUAAUGGAGGACGUGUAGAAAAAGAGCAUCAACCGCCCAGCAGCCUGUGUCCGCCCCCAGCAUUAGAAUGCAUCACUCUCCUUUCCGGCCACAUUGCCGAGGUCAACUCCGUCCUCUUGGUCGGCGGCGAUGGGGCUAUUUGCGCCACAGGCUCCAGAGAUCGGGAUGUUAAACUUUGGAAUCUGCAGGCAGACUCUAGCAAUAUGUUGAUGCACACGUUGGUAGGCCAGGGCCACUUCAACACCCAUCAAGGCUGGGUUUGGUGUUUAGCAUCUCAGGGACCCCUUCUGGCUUCCGGGGGCUUCGACAGAACAGUGAGGUUGUGGGACCUCCAAGCCUGCGGGGCAGAGAGGGGAGUGAUCAGGACUGAAGCUGCCGUGAUUUGCUUGUCCUGUCUGCCUGAUGUGUUGCUUGCUGGUACUUUCAAUGAGAACGUCCAAAUGUAUGACCCGAGAGCUGCUGUUCCCUUGGUGAAGACCCUCAGGCACCAUACCAAUUCCGUCCUGUGUCUGGCAGCAGACGACGAGUACAUCAUCUCUGCGAGUAAAGACAACACCGUGGUGGUCCACGAUCGCAGGGCAGACAAAAGCUUGUAUAAAGUUCGGCUGCGCUCUUACCUGCGUUCUAUGAGCUACAGUGAUCGUGAGAUUUGGGGAGGAGACAUCAGGGGCUUGCUUCGCUGUUUUUCCAUGCAGCAGGGGGUCUUAAACCACCUGUCGCAGUUCGAUGUGGGGCACACGGCGAUGGUCACUGGCAUUCACAAGUCACCUGGGAGCCUCUACACUUGCUCCUCUGAUUUUACCGUCAAGGUCCACAUCCCUUGUGGGCCUCCAAAGACAUUAUGCACUUUGCGUCACCAAGAUGGAGUCUCUGGGUUGAGCGUGGAAGCCGGAGUACUGGCUGUCACCUCUGGGGAUAUGUGUGUGGAAAUCUGGAGGCCUCGAAAGAGUGACAUGUGAAAAUGGAUAUGGAUCCAUAACUCACAAUCAUGCACUGUUAAGUUGUGAAAAUAGGAUGUAUUCUGCAUUUUAAAAAUGUCUUCGAUAGCUGUAAGCUAUGAUCAUCACAAUUAUGAAAAAUAAUGUCAAAAUUGUGAAAAAUAAAAUCACUGAGUAUAUCA